AUCAUGAACCAGUCAGGGGUCAGUCGCUGUUCAGUACGUGAGAGCGUUCAAAUGUGAUAGUAUCGUUAAGGCUAUGUGUGUGUUUUAGGGGAAGCUUUAGUUUUCUUGUUUGAUCAGUUGUACAUAGCGUGCAGCGUGCAAUAUCCUUAUCACGAGGAACACUUACGCCAAAUGGCCGUUCGGUCAGGUGAAUGGUACUGGAGAAAACAUGUCUCAGCUCGGCACGGCGGCGUUGAAAUGAACCACAUGCAAUAGUUAUGUAAAGCCAGAGGGCAGAGGCAGUCCAGAAGGGGUGAAAAAAGAAAAGGGCAUGAGCGAGCGAGCCCCCCUCCCCUGAGUGUGGAAAGUGCUAAGGGGGAGUUUUGCGAUGAGCGUGUAGCGCCGCCGCAGCGCAAAAGGAUAAUACAGUGAAGCAGUGAAGUGACCCACGGCGCUCGGGCUGUGGGGCGUGGUGUGGCGCGCGGUGUGUGUGUGUGAAACAGCGGGACCGAGGAUACGCGCGCGGUUCCAGCGGCACGGGGCCAUGCCAAGAACAAAGACACGCGCGUGCACACACACACACGUACACAAAUACACUCAAACAACAUCUGUGUUCCGGUGCUGGUGGGUUCGAUCGGUGUGCUAGCUCGGUGGUGGUGAGUCCUCGCGCCGGAGUGAUCAGGGUGGAAGGGUGUUUUGUGGUGAGACGAAACAUAAUAAAACGCAGCUGAGAAGACAAGAAGCGUGCAAAUGGCAAAGCAAUAAGCAGCCCAGCAGCCCAGCCAGAAGACUCUCGGACCCUUUUUUGCACCGUUCCGUGCUGUGCGUGUCGUCGUCGUCCGUUAGCAAAGCGUGGCCGUGCUAGUAGUGUACACUACCGAUCCACUAACACCGAGAGCACCAGCAUACCAGCGAGAGUGUGUGCGUGCGUCAGGAUAAGAAUACAGUGUGGUGGUAGUAGAUGGAUGUGGUGCCAACCAUCCUGGGACCGUUGGUGCUCGAGAACGUACAGCAGUGGUGGUGAGAGAGAAGGGUGCAUUACUGCAACAAAAACAAAAAAACAAACGCCUUUCUGAAUCAACAACAGCCGAACGGGCGAGUCGCCGAGGUCACACCGACAAACUACGCGACUCGGAAAACCGAAAGGGUGGCCCCACUGGUGGCGACAGGCAAAGUUUUUAGUUUGCACAUUUUUUCCGUUCUGUUCCGUUCUGUUCCAUUUUGGUUGCCUUUGUGUUCCGUUUCGGUGUGGUGCGUUUCAAGUGCUUUAAAUUAGUUUUUUUCUUCUUCUGUGUACGUGCGUGUGAAUCCUGCUUUCCCCGUCCGCAACACUGACAGGGGAGAGCAACCACACGCAACGACCAUUCUCCGUUGCGGAGCGUAACGGAACGCACAUGCCAUCGUCCGGCGCGACAUCUUGGAAUCGUAAGUCUGUCCGGUCGCGCGGGUGCAAUAAACACGGCACCGCACGAUACUUCUGAGAAAUGGUCGCGUGAGCCCGGGGCAACCAUUCGGCAAACACACGGAAAGGAAAGGAAAGCCAAGAGCGAUUUUGCCGCACCAGGUACACGCCCCGCGCGCCUUGCUGGUUCUGGGCCGACCAUGGAAGAAUAAUGGAUGCUCCGUAGGUUGCAGCUGAUGAGCCAAUAGCAAGUAGUAGUGUUGUGUUGUCGUGUUGCCGUGUCCUUGCACAGGACAGCCCGUACAGAGAGAGAUUGAGAGAGUUUAGCAGGAGGCAGAGUCAGCACUUGCUCUCGCUUCCUUGCCGAUCGUCGAGUUCGGUUUGUUUGGCGCAUACGGCGCUGCUGGUUCGAGCGCACUAACCGGCAUUCCCUCCUCCCCAGCUCACACACACACACACGCACAAACAGACCUGCUUAACGGGGGCCAUUAGCGCAUUAGCUCCCCUUCGUCGUCGCCCCUCGUCAAACCUGCCCGAAACGGCACCAAACGGUAGCAGCCGGUCCCGCAACCAGCAGCUAUGGAUGAGGAAAUCGUCCCGCGCACAUUCCGCGAAAAGGCACUGUUCUACACUACCGCCUUCUUUAUCCUGCUUGGCACGUUCAGCCUGUUCGCUUUCCUCUUCCUGGUGCCGUUCGUGAUCGAGCCCGCGUUCCAGACGAUCUUCAUGCAGUUCGACGAGUCGCCGGCCCUGUGCGUGACCGCCUACAAUGAGCAUCUGUACGGGGCGAAGAACUGCUCCUGGGCGUCGUGUCGCGAAGGCUGCACCAAGGACAUCUACGAGUGCCAGCAGAUACGCGUCAAUUACAAGACGGCCGCCCAGCUAGCGGCGGCCGCCGCCAGGGAGGCAGCCGGCGGUGACACGGCCAGCUCAACGCCGGCACCAUCGACGGCGGCGGGCACGAGCGCUUCAACAAACCCCACGGGUGAUAGUAGCAUUAGUCGGGAGGAGAAUAGUAGAGAUAAUAGUAUAGCUAGUAGUUCCAAUAGCGUUGCCAAGCCGGGCGACGGCGGCAGCAGUAGCCAACCGAUCAGCACGUCCGACGGUGGUGGUGGCGCGUCCCGGGCGCUGGCCGGUAGCAACAGCCGGUACGGCAGUGCGCUGAAACGGUUCGAGCGGGCGAUCCGGGCCGACUACGACUACGGCGACACGCUGCUGGAGGGCGGCAACGGGCUGGGCGGCGGGUACGGCGACUCGAAGCACGGCUUCAUCAGCUCGAUCAUCGACGACGAGAACGCGUUCAUCGAGUACCCGGAGGAGAUGACCGGGCUGAUGGGCAACAACUCGGAAUGGUACUUUACCGGGGCCCGGCUCUACCCGAACGUGAAGGGCUGCGGCUACCCGCCGAUACUGAACUGCACCAUCUGGACGAAGAAGUACUGGACGAUCGGGACCAACUUCAGCUGCUACUACUCGCGCGUCGAUCCCGAGCUGGUGAUCAGCGAUCUGGACAUGUGGCAGAACACGCUCAACCUGGUGUUCGCGAUGGCGAUCCCGAUACCGUCGUUCAUCAUCUCGGUCAUCUACCUGGCGUUCGCGUACUUUGUCAUCUUCAACGAGGACGAGGAGGCCGGCCUGCUGGACAAGAACGGCGAGGACGAGGCCGGCGAGGACGACCUCGAGCAGGAGACGGACGAGGGCAACGACAACAAGAUCAACAACGAGAACGAGGUCGAGGUGACGGCGAACCACAUCAACGAAAAGCAGCAGCAGCAGUCGGCGGACGAGGAGAAUGGUGUUCACACGACCACCACGACCACACCGAUCCAGCCGCUGCCGAACGGUACGGCCAACUCGAUCAACAACACCAAUACGACGGCGACCACCAACACGAACGGUUCGUCCAAACCGAUCACACCGAACUCCACCUCCGACCUGAACUCGUUCGGCCACCAGCUGAAGGUGAAGAUGGCGGACGAGAUGUCGCGCGAAAGCAUCGACGGUGGGCUGCUGUCGAACUCGGCCUCCUACCAAGGAAACUUGAGCAAGACGAUGACGACCAGUAUCUCGACUCCGCCUGGUCCGAUAGCCGCAGUCUGAAACGUCAAGUGCAUGGUCUGGAGGACGUUAAGUUUAAAUUUACGAAGUAAGAGUCUGCUUAUCUUAUGAUUGUUGACGCGACCCUGGCGCGCGGAACUCCACUGCUAGAAGGAUGCCGCUGGGUGCGCCUUUUCGACACCGACCUCUGCAAGCGCUGGCAAAGGGACUGCAAGCGAAACAACCAACCUUUCACCAAUACCCGCAUAUACACACACAAAUACAGCUGCUAGCUACUACAGGCCAUGGAAAAAGGGAGCAGUGCGACUGCCAAUUAGGAGCGGCGAGGCGAUAGAUGGUAAACCUGCACACAAACUGCACCGAACGCCGUGGUGGUACGCUUCGUUUGACAACAUUUGGCCCCGCAACAUUAAACCACUAUGGCAUAGCUGACGCGCUACUACAGCAAGCAGAUGUGCGGUGCGGAGAGAGUUGAUCGUUACGAAAUGCCGCCGACUGCUGUGUGCUGCAUACACGACCUGGCCCGGCCUGGUCAGGAGAGCGGAAUCAUUGUAAGCCGAAUAACUACGUUUCAUUUUGGGAACUGUUUAUGCUGAUCGCUUUUUAACUUUAGAUGUAAAAAACAAAGCAAACAAAACCGUACAUAUAUUGCAUAUAAACAUACAAGAGCAUAGAGUCGGCUUGCGUAGUAGGCAAAACAGCAGGUGUAGGCCAAAGGAACACUUGAAAAAUGUUUAAAAAAAGCCACUCUACUCUACCAAUCUACCUGCGCCAGUCUACGGUGUAGGUGUGGGGCGGUUACAUGUAUAAAACGGAAAACUCUCUCCUUUGUUUCAUAAACAAAUGCCUCUCGUUGUUAUGGGUUUUUGCUCCAGUUAGCCUGCUAUAUUAGUGAGAUGCGAGUAAAUCUGUAAGGAUCGGUAGGGAGAGGGAAGCCGAAAGCUGUUUCACAAACACACUAUACUCUGCCUCGUAGCCGUGAAUGAUGCGGAUGGACCUUAGUAGAAGCCGGUAGAGCGAGAUAAAGACACGUAGAGGUGAACGCAUCCGCGAUACACGCUGCCCCCGUUCGUUCGUGUCGUGUAGAGCCGUAGUGCAAACAAGCAUUGGAAGGAUCGAGUUGAUUUACGCUAAGAUGCAAUAUUUUACCUGCAAUCUGCAAUAUGGUUUGUGUAAGGAUUACGCUACACACACACACACGACGCAUCAACUGUUGAUAGAUUUUUACUGAACUUUAGAAAAGAUGCUUUAGCGAGAUGAGCGUUACGUCACUGAGCAGUACGAUUACUUAGCACACUGUCUCAUACACCCACACACAGACACGUACACACACACACAUUGAUUGUAGUAUAGACUCUUGAAGAAUAGCUGAAAUUGGUAGCAUGCAAUAGGAAGAAAUGUGUAAAGGGAGGGGGAUGUCGAAGGGAGCAAGCACAAACGCAUAAUUACCAUAGUCGGCACCGUACACAAAAAAAACGAAAAGUUUAAAAAUGGAAGAGUAAGAACUACAUGAAAACGGCAAAACAAAUGCUAACGACGUUUCUGUUCUCAUGCUAUCGUAAUAUGGCCGUGUAGCUAAGGAAGGUUUUAUAUGGCGAGUGCGUGAUUCGAGGGGAAAUUAGCAUACCCAAAACUGCAUCUAAAUUGUUUCGUAGACUAGGAAAUCAGAACAUGAUAACAAAAGCCGCCAGCAGGAGAGAGAAUGUGAGAUAAUGAGAGAGAAAGAGAGAGAGAAAGAGAGAGAGAGAGAGAGAGAUAGAAAGAGAGAAAAGAGGGAAAGAAAAUGUUUUAAUUUCAUUAUCUUCUCAUAGGUUUGGUAUUGGUUGCAUUCAACAAUGGGUCGUUUUUUCAAUGGACUACAUCCUUAAUGCUAUAAAACAAAGACAAAAAACAAACUUACACGAUUCAGUAAUGCUUCGGUAGAUAAAGAGCCAACGGUACGUUUUUAACUGCAACAUAUAACAAAACAGUCCCCACAAAACUUAUUUUUUAUCGGACCGGACUGGAUACCGUGAAUGCAGAUAGUCAUAUAUAUGUAUACUGCGUAGCUAUGUACGUAAUGCCCCUGUAAAGCUUUUAAACUUAGUUGUAAUAGGACGAUAGUACGCAAAGCGACACAUUGCACAAUGCUUUCCAUAGCACAAUGUUUACAAACUCGUUGACCGAAAAUCCAUUGGUGCAGGUAUUUUCUUUUUCGUUUUCUUAUGCAAUUGUUUUGAACUGUUAUUUCAAUAUUAUAAACCGUUGAUAUUUGAUUUUUUUUACUUUUAUGGAUUCCGUUUCUUGUCUCCAGAUGUUCACAUUUGCACUUACCUCAUUUCGCCCUUUUUGCUUACUAUUCCGGUUUGCUUUGGUUAUCUUACUGAAAACAAAAAAAAAACCCUUGUAAAAAUGUCUGAACUCAAAAAAA